AUGGCAGAUUACUCUUCAUGGAAGGUCGCGGACCUCAAGGCAGAGCUUAAGAGACGUGGUAUCCCACAGACUGGCCUCCGUCUCAAACAGCAAUUCAUCGACAAGCUCUCCGAGGAAGACGCCAAAGCGCAAACGACGGACGCAGCUGUCGCUCCUGCCGACUCUGUGCCCACAGAACAAGUUCACGAGGCCGCGAUCACACAAGACAUCGAAGCUUCUGAGACACAGAAAGAGUCCUCCGCACAGAAGCCCGUACAACCUCAACAGACAUCUACACCUACGCAGCCAGCUCCAGUCUCUGAGAAUGAGGCAGUCACUGAACCGAGCAAGCCUCAUAAGUCUGAAGCUGCGCUGAGCUCCCAUGAAAACUCGAAUACUCCAACUGUCUCAGCAGCUGAGGAAACUGCGCAUCAAAAUUCAUCCCACUUAGAGUCCGCCGAACAUCCCGCUACCGUCACGGAUCACACCACCGCACCUGAAAUCGAGCAGGCAACCAGAGAACCAGCAACCACACCUGAAGUUUCGAGUACCCUGGGUCAUGCGGCAGCCGAGACACUUGCGCAGCACGAAUCACCUCAACCAGAGUCCGAUCAACCCACCGCUCCCCAUACCGAACAGACCACUCCGCCUGAACUCGAGCAGGCGACCAAAGAACCAGCUGCCUCGACUGAAAUCGCUCCAUCAACUAUCCUUACAUCCGGGGAGAACACUGGCUUGUCUACGCCGCUACCAGUUGAAGAGCUUCUAGAAGAUAAGCGAAAGCGGAAGCGUCGGAGCCAAAGCCCGCUACCAACGCCCGAAGCCAUUGCACAGAAGAAAGUCCGAGCAGAGGAAGAAAGCCCACGGGUGAUUCUCAAAGACGAUCUGCCCAUCGGAGCAGAUCCUAAAGAGGUCGUGCAAAGCAAGCUGCCUCAAGAGAACAUCACACAUGAAGAUCCCCCAGCUCCACCCAAGCAGGAUGCUCGGUUCCGGGGCCUAUUCGCAGCCGAGGCUGCGCGCCCCUCGCCCGCUCAGGCUGCUUCUCCCACAGGAGAUGUUGAAAUGACAGACGCGCCCGCGGAACCUGCCAUCCACCCUGCUACUCGCUCUCUCUACAUCGAUGGGCUCAUGCGCCCUUUGCAACCGAACAGCCUUCGAUAUCAUCUUGUCCGUCUGGCAUCUAUGCCCGAGCAAGCCGAUAACCCUGAUAUCAUCCAGUUGUUCUGGCUGGACCCGAUCAAAACACACUGCUUUGUUCAGUUUGUAGAUAUCGCGGCUGCCUCACGUGUUCGGAAUGCACUACACGGUAUAGUGUGGCCGAAUGAGCGCAAUCGCAAAGGUCUGUGGGUUGAUUUUGCUCCCGAUGAGCAGAUCUCCGACUGGAUUCAAAUUGAAGAGGCAGCACGCGAUCGCGCUGGACCAGCUCCGCGCUGGGAAGUUCGUUACGAAGCAAAUAAGGACGGCGCUAUCGCAAGUUUGGUUGAGGCGGGGUCAUCGUCCAAUGCACGUAUGAAUGCAGCACGAGCACAGGAACUUGGGUUUGCCCGAGCUCCCCCUUCUGGUCCGCGUGCCGCUCUGACUCAAUCCGAGCGGCGACCUUCCCGUACUGUAGCGGCUGCCGCCGCGCCAGCACGAGCGGCACAAGGCUUCAAGCCCCUAGACGAGCUCUUCCAGUCGACUACGACAAAACCCAAGCUUUACUAUCUUCGUGUUCCUCGCGAGGUGGCCGACAAAAGGUUGGACCAAUUUGAUGAGCUAAUUCGGAAAGGGCCAACUCGCCGCGAGGGCGGCGAUGAGAUGCGCCGCAUCACUUUUGAACAGCAGGAUCAAUUUGUGGAUGUUGGUCCGGAAUAUGGACCGGGGGCUCAGCGCCGAGGCCGAGGUGGAGGCCCAGGGGGCCGGCGCGGUGGAGGCGGCGGUUGGCGAUGA